UUUAACUUAUUAAAAACGUUUCCCACUACAGCUAAAUUCAUAGUUGCUACAAAUAUAUUCGAAUUACGAUUUAUUAGUAAAAUCGAGCGAGCAUAUUUGUUUAUUUGUAUACCAUAACUAACUAACCCAGUUAACCAGUAGCAAGAAUAUAGAGCAGAAGGACAAUGUUUUACUAUCCCUACGUACUGCAACGCCACUCCGGCUGCUUCUCCACUAUAUGGUUGGCUGCCACAAAAGGAAUUAGGCUCAAUAGGCGAGAGUUCCUCAAGGUCAACGUGGGGCGCACAUGUGAAGACAUCAUGGAUUACGUGCUGGUGCAGGCCCCUCCCCGCAACCCGGGCCUCCCCCGGCCCCGCUUCUCCCUCUACCUGUCUUCCCAGCUGCAGUACGGUGUCAUCAUUGUUUACCACCGACAGUGUGUCAUCCUGCUGGAGGAAAUCCAGCAGACCAUAGAGCGCCUGAUCCGCUCGGAGAGACACGCGUGUAUUGACGUGGCGGAGCCCGACAGGCGGGCCUAUACUCUCCCAGACUCUCUGGUUCUCUUGGAAGAGGCAGAACGGGCGCAGGACCCCUUCUUUGGAGUAAUGGGUGCUGAGCAAGGCCUGCCCAGCCCAUACAGACUGCUACAGCCCUGGCAAAGUAUGGAAGCACUUUCUCCACAGCGACCCCCGACGAGGAAUAACACAACUACACCAGAGGAAGGUCUCACUGCUCCUUCUGGUAGCAUCACGCUGAAAGAGAAGGAACUGGCUUUGAUUCCUGCUGCUGAGUUUGAGGGGGCUGAACUACCAGAGGUCACAGUAAAAGAGAUUGACAUGUUGAUGGAGCAGCAGGAUCAGUUUUAUGAAGAACUGGAGGAUAAAGAGAGAGAGAGAGCAGCAGAGGGAGAGAGGGUGACACUGUCAGGAACCACGCUUUCCGUGGAGCAGUUAAAAGAGCACAUUGUGGAGGAGACCAUUUGGCUACUGGAUGAAGAGACUGGGCAACCUGUCGAGGUCCCAGUUUUUGGGGCCCAGAUGGAGAAGACCCCUCCCACCAUUGCCAUGCCUGUUGCUCCACCCUCAAGACCAGGUGGAGAGGAGUCAGAGAGGGAGGGGGGCUCUAGCAGUGAGCUCUUGCAUGGUGAGGUUCCCGCGAAGAGACCGGUCCGGAGACGCCAGCUGCUCUUCAUUGACCCGGACAUGCAGAUCCCCCAGGAUGCAAUGCAGGCCCAAAUACAGAACACUCUGGUCGAGACCACAUCCCUGUCCCAGGUACUGUUGGAGAGACCGUCCCAGCAAAGAGUCUCCCCUGCAGAGCUCUUCAGCAAGCCCUGCUCCACUGUGAUUCACCCGGACCUACUGUCUCAGUGGAAUAGGGCCGCCGUCUCCUCCCUCCCUUCUUCCGCAGAGAGGCGGAAAGCAGUGGAGGGAGACUCUAAAUCGGAGGCAGAAAGGGAGAUGGAGGUGGUGAGGAAGGAGGUGGAGGGGGGAAGAAAGCACAAGGACUCCAGCAUUAGAGAGAUAUCAGCAGAGCUUAUAGAGUCAGCACUGGCAUCUGAAGCAUCAGCUGUGUCAGAGGCUUUUCUGGAGGUGUCCAAAGAUGACCUACCGCAAGACCAGGCCACUCCUGUGGGAAGAUGGUCCCCAAUAGAGGGAGCUCCUGUCCCCAUGGAAGGCAUUCCUGAGGAGCAAGUGAAGCUGCCUCCAGGAGAUUUGGGAGAGACAGUGGGGACCACCGAGAGUCUACUCGAACUGGUGUCCCAAUACCUGAUGCAUUAUGGGAAAGUGUACUUUGAUUCUCUGCUGCCCCCUGAGACUGACCGCAGUACUGCAGCCCAUCUUCUCAGCGCAUUGCUUGAGCUUGUGUGUGUGAGGAAGCUCAGUGUGAGUCAGGCUAAACCAUACGGUUCCAUCGCCAUCUCUUCUGGACAGCUGUUUGCAGUGGCCUAAGGGGAGGAACUAGCUCAAAAUGAUUCUGUGUAUUUCUGCAGUCUCUGAUAUUUAUUGCUCAUAUUUAAUAUUGCUUUUAAAACAACAUGCUUCAAAUUGUUUGUGAAAAUGCUCUGGGGAAAUGCC